GUAACGCAGCUAGUAGGUACAGGUGAACUCAUUUUAAGAAAUACCACUUGGAAUACAAUUUAUAUCGGUGAACAAGCAUCAUUAAGAAUAUUAAAGAUGAAGACUGCCGGUUUGUGAGAUGGAUAUUACACCAAGGAUCUGAAUCUUAUCCUGACAUUGAAGAAUUGUUUUCAUUUGAACUUGAAAAUAACGGAAGUCAAGAUGUUUAAGAAACUAAAGCGACAAAAUAAAGACAAGGAGUUUGAAUGGACCAAGAAUGAUGAUAAGGUUAUGCAUGCAAUUGAGGUUGGUGAUAUAGAGAAGCUUCAAAUAACUCUAGCCAAGAAAGGAACAUCACCAACUAAACUAGAUGGAGAGGGAAGAACACCGUUACAUGUGGCAGCUCAGAAGGGACAGUAUCCCUGCUUGGAAGUCUUGCUUCAGCUUGGGGCUAAUCCAAGGGCAUCCGACGGCCAAGGUUGCACUGCACUACACUGUGCUUCCAAAGGAGGUCAUUUAAACUCCAUGCACAGGCUGAUAAAGGCUGGGGUACCCAUCAAUGCACAAGAUUUCAAUGGAAAGACAGCACUACAUUUCUCAGCUGGGAGUGGUCACAUAGAGAGUACCAUCUUGCUACUACAAUGUGGAGCUUCUAUUGAUAUUGCAGACGAAUAUGGAAAGACUCCAUUAAUUGUUGCAGCUUCAUCAGGCCAUACUGGUGUGUGUAAAGACCUCAUUGAUAGGAGAGCUGAUGUUAACAGCCAAGAUCAUAUACAGAAGACACCUUUGAUGUCGGCAUGUGAAAAUGGCCACAGAGAUACGGUAGAACUACUUAUCAAGAGAGGAGCCAGAGCAGAUCUAUGUGAUGCCCAGGGGUAUGAUGCUAAGUAUUAUGCUGAAGGUAGUGGACAAGACAACGUGGCUGAACUUCUAGAGACUGCUCCAUCCGUAGCUACAUGGGAUGUUCGUAACGAGGAAGAGGAAGCUUAUGAUGAAGUAGCCCCAGAUGCAGUGGAUUACAUAGAUACCUUUGAUGUGAAUAAUGAGAGAGCAGACUCACCUCCUCCAAAUAAAAACCAUCAGAACAAUAUUGAAGCUGAUUUCCCAACACCGAGUAGAGCAGUGAGCAUGCCAGCUCUGACUGACAAGCAAUCAGAUGAUUUGAAGGAAUUAGAGGAAGAGAAUGACUUUUUGAAUGAAGAACUGUCUAAGGUCAAUGUAGCUCACAAGAAAGCUCUUGAGAGGAUUCGCUCACUUGAAAGCAAAGUUAAUGAUAUAGAGCAGGUAGAGAGUCUGAAAGAGAGACUAGAAAGUGAGGAGAUGAAAAGGAAAGAGCAAGAGAAACAGAUGAAGGACCUGGAGAAUAAACUAACUUCCAUGAAGCUGAAAGUGAGCAAAGAUUCAUUUGAAGAAGAUGACGAAGAUGAGACCAAUUCUGUUGGUAGUUGGGGUGACAGUGAAGAUGAUCUCUUUGAUCUACCUGGAACCAAGAAAACACCUAGGACACCAUUGAAUCUGUCUUUAGAUCUCAAUUCCUCCAAGCAAAAGUCAGACGUCCAACUACUAAAGACUGAGAUUGAGGAGCUCCGCAAAGAAAAUGAAAAUCUUAAAAAUCAAUUAGAGUCUGGUGAAGUAACCCCAGCUGGGACUGUAUCACGAGCGGAGUUUGAGAGAUUGCGUCUUUCAUCCAAUGGUAGGAUAGCAGACCUUGAAGAGGAGCUUGCUAGUUUGAAGGAGGAGCUGGAGGAGUCUGACCGAGGUAACAUGGUCCCCUACCAGGAGUAUCAGGAGCUGAAGGAAGCCAAUGAAGAGGAACUUAGUGUUGUAAAGCUGGAGAACAUCGUCUUGAAGGAUGAGAUUGGAAAUGUCUCUCAGAGACUUGCAGAAAUGACUGAUAAGAAAGAGCGCCUUCAAGAACAAGUGAUGGAGCAGCAGGAGCUACAGCUAAGACCAGUCAGCAGUUCAUCAGCUGACUUCAGAUACAACGAGCUUGUCCAGGAGAAACUUGAGAUGGAGGAAAUCAUUAGCAAACAUUCUGAAGUCCUAGCCAAGCAAGCCGAUGAAAUGGAAGUGUACAGGAAAGAGAUCAAUGAUUUGAAGAUGGAGAAGGAAGAAAUGGAAAUGAAAUUAGGAGAAAGCAGUGGGAGCAGAGAGGAAAUGAAUGCAUUGAAGAAGGAGAAUGAUAGACUCCAAGCUAUGAUCACUAAGCAGUCUAAGGCCAUAGCACAACAGACAGAUAGGAUGCGCAAGGAUAAGAUCAAAUACAGUGAGGUAGUGGCUGAGCGAGAUGGAUUGAUCAAAGAGAUGCAGGCAUCUCAGAAGACAGGUAGCCAUGGAGAUGGGGAGUUGGAGGAGAGACGGGAACUGGAAGCAGAAAACAGGAGACUGAUGGAGAGGGUAGGGUUGCUAGAGAGACAGUUAGAACAUGAGGAGGAGGAAAGGACAAAAAUAGAAGAGUUAACGGGAGAAAAUUGGAGAUUGCAGGAUACAUUGAGGAAAGCCGAGGAUGAGAUGCUCGUUAAGAGUGCGCAGCUUUCAAAGAUUCUUGCCUCUAAAACCACCGAACACCAAGGACUUGAGGAGGAGAAUAGACAACUGAAAAAACGGAACAAAGAAAUUGAGAUUGAACUCUCAAAUCGGCGGGACGGGGAGGCUCAAUAUUCCCAGAUCCUUGCAGAAAAUCUCUCUUUGAAAACUAGAUUAAGUCAGCUUGGUGAUGGUGGUCUUCAGAAUGGUGACCAAGAUUGGAAGCAUUCGUCGGAGGUCUUUGCUGAGAAUAGAAAACUGAAAGAAACCAUCAAGAAGAUGGAGGGAACGCAUGAUGGACUGAUGAAUGGGAUGGAUGGAGGGGGUGGAGGAGGAAAAGCAAACCUUAAAGAAGUAACGAGGUUAAAACAACAGAUAGCUGAAAUGGAUGCCAGGCAUAGAGAUACAGUCAAUAUCUACAGAGCACAUCUACUCAGUGCUGUACGGGAUGAGAUCAGUCCAGAUGUCAAGGAAGCACUUCAGCAAAUUGUUAAACUUCGCAACGAAACACCUGUCACAUGACACCUGUCACAUGACUCCCUUCUAUUAUGCAAAUGAGGAUCUUCAAUCCCUGCUGUGGUUUAUGAUACAAACCAGUUUAGUUAGCAGACUAAGAAGAGCAGAAUGGAUGGUAUCACCCAGAGUGAGGCUUAAAUCUUUGACUUUCUGCUACUUUGAAUGGAUCCAAACAGUUUGAGAAGAUUGAGUUUGGAUGGAGUAUGAGUGGGACAGACUGAAAAUACUCCAAAUACCCAUGAACUGUAUGGGCAAAUUAUGGAAUUAAAAUUAUAAGAAAGGUGCUUAUCUGAUCGUUUAGAUGUCUUUUAUUGUAAGACAUCUGAUGAUCAGGAAUUUUUUUUAAUGAUAUUCUCAAGACUAUCAAUCAUGAUAUAUAUAUGAUGUUAAUUCAUUUGUCAGUUGUAAUUGAUUAAAUGUAUUCAUCUUGCCAAUUUUUAAUAAUUUUCACAAUAUUUAAAGGGGAAUGAAACCUUUGGAACAAAUAGGCUUGUGUAGAAACAGA